AUGUCUUUCUCGUUUUUCCUCUCCAGUGAGAUCGAAGCACUUGUGCGUGGUGCUCUCAUUGUAAUGGGUGUAGCAAUGUUUCGUGGAUGUCGUUCGUGUUGUUCCUCCAGUACUUCGGAUUGCGCGAAUUUCAAUCAACGGAUCAUGGGCAAGCGACAACACCGUCACAUUGGGGCACACAGUCCCUUCGAGUCUGGUCAACAUGGUCAAGGACCAUCUGCACGUCGUUGGGGAAGAGCUCAUCUAGAUUGGCUGGGCGUGGAUUUCAGCGACCAUUGGCGCCUAUUCGAUGAUACGGCUAACAACCAGCAUGGCCUCUUCCCACGCACGGUUUUCCCUGUUCCGGGUAGUUCACUCGCAGCAUUGCUCAAAGACCGUCUGGGAUUAUCAUGGGAAGAGAUGGACAAGCUGGCACCACAGCAUCUCCCGGAGCAUUACAAGCAGCUCUUGAAACUCUGCAAGCCUCGCAAUCCAAGGGAAAUCUACCUGGAAGCAUCUACAUCAGUCGCAGCGACAUCGCCCCUCUCGCGCCUAAAGCCUAUGCAUGAAUACUUGCAUCGAUCUCCAUGCCCGGAGUCAUCGACAACACCGGUGUUGGUUUACGGAGCAGACGCUACGUGUGGCGUACAUGCGCGGCCUUCUCCUCCGUCAAGUCCGCCAGGUGUUAAGAGGCCAGACUCCGCGAAGUUGCAUUUGAAUCAUCCUCAAACACCGGCGUCUAAGACUUUUAGGACGGAAGAUUGCAGCGAGGUGCGAGGGAAACAACUGUCUGAGACAAAGCGUUAUCCAUUUUCGCCAUGCGGAGAAAUGCCGGCGACUCCGAUUGAGGGCGGGACAACGCAGCAGUCAUUGCCGUCAGGCAUCACACUCAAUACGGACAGUACAUACAGCACGAGCCCUACAACCAUGCCACCGCCAAUCCAAACCGCCGAUAAACCAGAAAGCGAAGUAGCUGCUGCUGCGCGCUCGGUGCUGUCUGUACUUGAAGGUGCGCUGGAGGUCUUGGCGCAUCCGCUCGAAAUUGACUGCAAUAUGCGAGACUCAACUCCAUUACGUUUCGUCGUUGAAGGGCUUCAGUGUACAUGCAAGCCAGAUAUCGAGCUGGAGGUGCGCGCAGUGGAAUCUGCGUUUCAAGAUAAAUUUGGGAUCGUCCAUGGAGAGUUCAAACGAUUACUGCACGGUCAAUCUCCGGAUAACAUUCUAGGACAAGAAGUGGCAAUUUUACUGAGUAUUGCUGCUCGCCAACGGCACGCGAGAGGUGGACACCGUGCAAAAGCGAAAAGAAGAAGACUUCUUAAAGGCAAGCUGAUUACGGUUAGGUUUCUUGCACUAUCUUGUAGAAGUGGGAGUCAGCAGCUAAUUGUUGCAGACGUAUUUGUUUUCUUGGCAGCAUGA